CGAGAAGAGGCAGAGUCAGUUAAACACCGUCGGCGAGAAGAAAUGGGGUUUCUGACGGCGGCGAUUAGGGUUUCGACAUCAGCAGCCUCAAUGCUUCUACGCCGUAAAUCUCGGCAGCUAGGGUUCCUAGCCUCCUCCUCGCCGCUUUUUUCCAGCUUUAAUUCCAUGAAUCGCACUAUCAGCUCGUGUAAUAUUGUGUGCAAGGUUUUGCAUAAGGAAUCUCUUACUAGACCAAUGUGGAACGUUAGCUUCUUAAGAUCCUCUUCGUUUCAUUCAACUCCAGCUCGUGAGACCGGUGAUGAUGACAUUAGCAAAUCUGAGAACAGUUCGAGUCAAGAUGGAGACAGUUGUACUAAAUUAAAGAGGAAGAAGCUGAAAGGUAAGCGUGCGGUUGUGCGGUGGCUAAAGUUUUUCCGGUGGAAGAAAAAGAAAGAAUUUGAAAGAAUGACUUCUGAAGAAAAGAUACUUAACAAACUAAGAAAGGUUAGAUUGUUAGUGAUGUAGACCAGCAAAAUUCUAUUAUGUUCGUGUUUAUAUCGGUUAUUUUCGCAGGCUCGAAAGAAAGAGGAACGGCUUAUGGAGACGAUGAAGAAGCUGGAACCUUCAGAGUCAGCAGAAACGACACAUGACCCUGAGAUAUUGACUCCAGAAGAACAUUUUUAUUAUCUGAAAAUGGGUUUGAAGUGCAAGAAUUAUGUUCCUGUAGGGAGACGUGGGAUUUACCAAGGAGUGAUUCUGAACAUGCAUCUUCACUGGAAGAAGCAUCAGACGCUACAGGUUGUGAUCAAAACGUUUACACCUGAUGAAGUGAAGGAGAUUGCUGUUGAGUUAGCGAGGUUGACUGGAGGGAUUGUGCUUGAUGUACAUGAAGGUAACACGAUAAUUAUGUACAGAGGGAAGAACUAUGUGCAACCUCCUACUGAAAUCAUGUCGCCGAGGAUUACUCUUCCGAGGAAAAAGGCUUUGGAUAAGUCUAAAUGUAGGGAUGCGCUUCGUGCGGUUAGGAAGUAUAUUCCGAGGCUUGAACAGGAGCUCCAGUUGCUUCAAGCACAAGCUGAAACGAAGCGGGAUUACACGAAUGUGAAGGUUGAUGAUAAUCAAGAGAGGUCAGAAGAGUUGAAGAAGAUUAUAGAAAGAAGCGAAGAGUGUUUGGAGGAUGAGCAAGAAGAAGAUGAAGCAGGAUUAGAACUAGCGACGGAUUCAGAUCUUUCGGAUAUUUUUGAGACUGAUUCGGAAUUAGAAGAUGCGAAAACAGAGCGACCACUUUUUCUUGAGGAGUUUGAGAAAUUCCCAGCUAUAAACAACAGAGAAGACGAAGACUUUGGGGAUCUCGGGAAGGCUAAAUCAGAAGGUGAGGAGAAUGAUGAUGAUAAGUCACCAAACUUUGAUGAAGUAGAUAAGAUGUUUCUUCGGGCUGCUUUUCUUUUAAAGAAGAAAAGACGAUGAAUAAUCAAUCAUCAGAGAUUCCAUCACAAUGGGUACAAGUAAUGGUUUUGUUUAGCAAAGUCACAAGUAUUAUCUUCUUUCUUAACAUGCUCAAAGCUUUAAUUCUGUGAUAUUUAUAAAAUGUGUUUAGGAGAAGUAGCUUCAACUUCAAAAUUUUGGUGUGAACGUAAAGCUCCUAAGUAAGCUUAUGCUUGUCAAUUCGUUGAAAAUCAUGUUUUUGAUAUAGCAAUCCAG